AAGUAAUGCCAUCUGAAUGUGCAAUUGUUAAUUCAGCAUAAGAAACAACUUAUUUGUCAUUCAAUAGCGCGUAGCUGAAGAUUUGUCAAUUGUUAACAGUAAAACUUUGCCUUUGUUAAUAUCUUCAUCAUUUACACCCUCGCUUUUCUGCCAGUAACGGGUUAAUAUCACAAUUGGAACAGGAUUGACUAGUGACAUAAAGAGUAACAAAAGGACAAAGGUCACUAAAUGACCUUAAUUUCAUCAAGCGACCAUAAGAAAGCUUUAGAAAGGAAUGGGUAAGAAAACAAAGGAAACAAUAUGUUUAUCUUUCCACUUUCUCUGCUUUCUCCUUUCAUCAUAUAUCCAAUUUUAAAGUAUCUACUCGCAAAGGAUAUAAAUAUUUUCAAAUGAAAUGGAUGCUAAAAUUGUUAAGGUUCGAUCUAAUACAUCUAAUGUAUCUACUGUAUCUAAUGCAAUUAAAAGCUCUGGGGUUGAGAAGUCGACCUUUAGUACUGCAAGUUCAGAGACGAUUCGUUUAAAUGAGCUGUUGCCCCGUUUACCUGAACUUUGUGCCCGAACUAAACCAAGGACUACUAAAUCAAGGUCUGUUUGUUUAUGUGAUUGGAAAUAUCUCACUUCUUGCCUAGCAAAAUGUUUAAUGAUUAUGGUUGCCGAGUGUGUUGUUGCUGCUGUCAUACUUGCAACAUUACGACCUCAUUGUAAGCGUGCUGCUGUUGAUCCCGUGACACGAGACGAAUGCCUUUUGAGAGACAUUUAUUUUUACCUUUCAUCCAUUGUUGCAGGACUCAACACAUUACUUAUUUUAUUAUAUACUUUUCAUGUGAUUGAAAAAUUUAAUCAAAGCAGAUGGCUAAGAUUUGAGUUAAUCUACCAUUUAUUGUACACAACUCAUAUGACAAUAAUAUCAAGCUUAACUUUAAACAAGUCAACCUUUCAAGUGAUCUUACUUGGAAUUUUAGGUUUAGCUGUUGUUUUUAAAGGAAUAAUCAUAGUUUUUGAUCGAUUGAUCAAAUUGUGUACCGGUAAACCAGCUCAAGAAGCUUUCGAUGAUGAUGAUGGUAAUAAAACAAGAAUUGGAAUAAUGAAGUUACGAUUUGGAGUUUGAUUUAUUUCACUUUCUCAACGAGCCAAAUUGUUGCUCGUACAAAUUGAUGACUACUUUGACAUCACCCAAGAUUUCAGCAACUCUAAUGGGCGUUAAUAGUGAUUAAAUUACCGUGUAAUGACUUUGUAGUUACAAGAAUCGCAUCAAAUUUAAUAUUAAUUUGCUGCAAUUAGCACUGAAAAUUAUAAGGACUAGCAUCGCCAUCUAUAGUGGUAAAAACGAGUCUGCUGGUUUAUUUUUCUGCCGCAGUUUUUGUAUUUUAAUUGUAAACUAAAUCCAUCAAACGAUCAAAAAGCAUCAUCACAACUUGUUAAGAGAUCAAUUUUCUCUUUAUUUAUCACCAAAUAGACUUUAAUUUUCGUUGGUUGAAAAUACAAAUAUUCAACAAAAUGUCAAAUGUUAAGGUGUAAAAUCAAAUCAAACGCAUCAAAAGCCAAAGAUUUUCAUGGACUAAAAUCAAAAUAAAGAAAGAUCAUUCAAUUUA